AUGUCAUCUGAAAGAAUAGCUUAUAAAGUGGAAGGUAUAGCACCACCCUUACCUGUUUUCUCUUCUGCAAUUCAAUGUAAUGGAUUCGUCUAUACUUCAGGUCAAAUCGGUGCUACACCAGAUGGUAAAUUGGUUCAAGGACCCAUAACCAAUAGAGUCAAUCAAAUAAUGGAUAACUUGGAGAAAGUACUCCAAGCUCAUGGAAGUGGAUUAGAACACACUGUUAAAUUCAAUAUCUACAUAACAUCCUACGAUACAUUCUCCGAGCUAAACGAAGCUUAUCUAAAAAGAAUGCCUUCUCCUGCUCCUGCAAGAUCAUGCAUUGGAGUAGCUACUUUACCUCGUGGAACAGAUGUCGAGAUUGAAUGUGUUGGUGUAGUAGUCCCAGCGAAAUCGAAAUUAUAA